AUCUGGUGUCUGUUUUUUGCAGUUACUGUACAAGGAUCUCUAGUAACUGGGAUGGAAAAGUAUGCUUAAGACACUGAAGAACUGAUGCCAGUCUAGAUGGUACCAGUGGUCUUAAUUCAGUUAAGACAGUUAGGAACUAUUUGUCCAUAUUUGCUAUGCUGGAGUUGAAUUAGCAUUCUAGAACUUAUGUGAGCAAAAAAUGAAAACAGUUCUAGAGUCUUUCUUAUGAAAGCGUAAUGUAUGUAUACACAGUUUAAAAUGGUAGGUAUUUGAAAGAUCGGGGACAAGAGUGAGGAAAAAGAAACAUUCCACAGCAGAAAGAAGAGGGAAAAGUCCACUCUCAUUGUUAUUAAAACAUAAUUCAUAGAAGGUCAGAGCUUAUAACCAACAUCUAUUCACUUGUCAUAUGGCUUCAGCAGGGUUGGCUGGAAUUCUAAUUGUCCUUGGUACUGUGGAUGUUCUCCAUGCCUUUGCCCUUAUAGAGAAGGAAGAUAUAUUCAAGAGGACCCCUUGUCCAGCCUUCCUGAUGUUUGAGAAUGCUGCUUACCUAGCUGACAUGAGCUUUGAGUUGCCCUGUAACUGCAAGCCAGAGGAGAUUGCCUCUGUAGUUUGGUAUUUUCAGAAAAAUAUGGGCAGUCAGCAGACAAAGAUUUUGACAGACUUUGAUGGCACUUUGGUAGUGGACUCCAGCCACAUCAAGGUGGGCAGUGACAUGCUCCGGCGCUUUAGCAUUAGGAUGUUCAGUCUGAUUGUCUUCCGGGUUCAGGUGGAAGAUUCAGGGCACUAUAUUUGUGGCACGAAGAAAGGGGAUUUCUUCUAUGGCUAUGAUGUAGAUGUACAGCCUUCUAAGGGCAUAGCUGUUGCCUUUGCCGAUAAGGAUGAGCACCCACAACAAGACCAUAAGGAAGCACACUUCACAGUCUUCACCACCUUCUGGGAUUGGACCAAAUGCAACCGCUGCGACGUCAGAGGUGAACAACGGAGAAUUGGACUUUGCUAUGUGAGGAGCCCCUCUCUGAACAAACGCUACCAUACAACUGCAGCAGAAGUGGCAUCCUGUGGCUCAAGGUCAAUCCCCAAGAGGUUUCGGAAGGCUGUUCAGGUCAGGAAGCCUGAAGUUGUUAUCCGAAGUUGCAUGAUGAGUUGUAGAGAGAAGACAUCCUCAAAUGAAGGAGAGGCAUCUAUCUCAAAUGUCAUUUCAAAGCUUGGAGAAAAGCCCUGGGUGUCCAAUGUCCCUAUUCAAUUCUAUAAGCAGUCCCUUGGCAGUGGUUUGAUCAUUGCCUGCCCAGGAGCAAGGCCAGAGCAUGCUGUGGCUUGGGACAAAGAUUCAACUAGGCUGUACCUAACUAGGUUCCUCAUUGGGGUCAAUAAGAGCAUGAGAGUCUUCAUUGACCAUGGAAACCAUCUGCACAUCCGCUUUGCCCAGAUGAAUGACAAAGGCACCUACUACUGCUGGCGAGAAGGGCAAAUGAUUGCUGGUUUCCGCUUAUCUGUGGUGUAUGAGAGCCGUCGCAAGCGAAGCCUCAAUGAUCCUGAGACAUUGUAUGCUGUCAAGACUAUCCUCACAAGCUACGUCCUCAUCACUCUCCUCUUUGUAACCAUCCACAUUGUCCGCUGCUGCUUUUAUACCUUUAGGUGCACAUCUAUGAAAUAGCAUCUUCUAGGAGAA